AAUACGACGUACUACAACAACGAUACUCGCACUUGAAAGGGCUACCACUGCAGAACUACACACGCGCACAACCUCAACUGUUGAUCGGAUUGGACAAUAUCCGGCUUGGUGUGCCAUUGAAAAUUCGCGAAGGACGGCCACCUGAGCCAAUCGCUGCUCUAUGUCGACUAGGUUGGUCGAUCUACGGAGGAAGUGCAAAAAACAAGGCACCAGCAGCGAUAGUAAACUUUCAUGUUGCACCCCAGUCAGAUUGUAACAAAGAAGUCAACGACAUGUUGCGAGACUACUUCACGAUAGAGGAUUACUGCACGAAAGUUACAAAUGAGAAACUGGACACAGAAGAAGAAAGACGAGCGAAUCGCAUAUUAAAAGAAACAACAAAACGCGUCGAGCAAGGUAAUCGCUUCGAAACAGGGCUGCUUUGGAAUUCUGACUCUCCAAAUUUCCCUGAUAGCUACCCUAUGGCAGUUAAACGAAUGCAAGCACUAGAAAGAAAGUUCGCACAAAUGCCGGCACUUGAAGAAAAGGUACGGCAAACUAUAUCGGAAUAUGAAGCAAAGGGAUACGCCCACAAAGCUAGCCUAGAAGAACUUUCAUCUCAGGCAGUUGAAAAAAUAUGGUAUCUGCCAUUGGGGGUGGUACAAAAUCCAAAGAAGCCAGGCAAGAUAAGGUUGAUCUGGGAUGCAGCAGCAAAAGUUGAAGGAGUAUCAUUCAAUCUAAGAAUGCUGAAAGGGCCGGAUCUUCUGGCCCCGCUGCCACAGAUCUUAUGUCAGUUUCGACAAUUUCCAGUAGCAGUGUCGGGGGAUAUAAUGGAGAUGUUCCAUCAAAUCCGAAUUCGUCACCCUGAUCGCCAAUCACAGCGCUUCGUAUAUCGCAAGAGCCCUUCAAAUCCGAUACAAAUAUAUGUAAUGGACGUGGCGACGUUCGGUUCUACGUGCUCUCCCGCCGCAGCCCAGUACGUGAAAAAUCUAAAUGCACAAGAAUACUCAACAGAAUUUCCACGGGCUGCUAACGCAAUCAUAAAAAACCACUACGUAGACGACUAUUUGCAGAGCUUCAAGACAGUAGACGAAGCAAUACAAAUCGUGAAAGAAGUUAGUCUCGUACACUCUAAGGGCGGUUUCACACUUCGUCGAUUCAUGUCCAACUCGACAGAAGUACUAAAAAGCGUCGGAGACUCAGCGGAAGAAACGUCAAAGGAUCUUAUGCUAGAACGAGGAGAAAACACGGGGUCAGUCUUAGGAAUGAAAUGGAAGACAGGCGAAGAUGUCUUCACAUUCUCCUUCUCCUCCAACGAAAGUGUCCAGCAUAUUCUCCGCGAAGACCAUAUUCCCUCAAAAAGAGAAGUGUUGAAAGUCGUAAUGAGCCUAUUUGAUCCUAUGGGACUUAUAUCCUUCUUCCUGGUCCAUGGGAAAACCCUCAUUCAGGAAGUAUGGAUAAGAGGCAUCGAUUGGGAUGAUCAAAUACCGGUCGAUAUAUAUAAACGAUGGCGAGAGUGGACAAAUCUACUUCCACAACUAGAUAAACUACGCAUACCAAGAUGCUAUUUUCAAUCCCCUUACCCUAGAAAUAUCGAUGACAUACAGCUGCAUGUCUUCGUAGAUGCAAGCGAAACCGCGUACUGCGCUGUGGCGUAUUUUCGAAUAGAGACAGAAGGAUCGAUCCAACUUGGACUAAUAGGUGGUAAAACUAAAGUGGCCCCCCUUAAGACGAUAUCCAUUCCAAGACUAGAACUAAAAGCAGCCGUUCUAGGAUGUCGAAUGCUGUCCAGUAUUAAAGAGCAGCACUCCUUUCCCAUAAAACGACAUUUCCUAUGGAGUGAUGCAAAUGUUUGCUUGGCAUGGAUAAAGUCAGCUAACCCUCGACGUUAUCAACAGUUCGUCUCCGUGCGAGUGGGGGAAAUACUGACCACUACAGAUCCACAAGACUGGAGGUGGGUGCCGUCAAAACAAAACGUAGCAGACUUGGCCACCAAGUGGAACACCGGCCCCGAACUAGUGAUGGAAAAUCCUUGGCUUACCGGUCCUCGAUUCCUGCACGAAAAAGAGGACCGAUGGCCUCUGAAACAAUCCAUGCAUGACACCAACGAGGAGCCUCUGGAGAAAACUCCUUCGUUCUGCAGCAUUCAUCAUUCGGUACAAAAACAAUCUACGGAGCAAGGUUAAUGGGAAACCAUUGCAACUAGGGG